AUGUCUUUUUCUGAUUUUUCUAAGGUUGAAACUUUAAAGGAAUUAAACACCUUUUUAGCUGACAAAUCAUAUAUUGAUGGUACUGCUGCCACUCAAGCCGAUGUUACUGUCUACAAUGCUUUCAAGCAAGCUUAUCCAAACUUUGCUAGAUGGUUCAACCAUUUAGGUGCUAGAGCUGAGGAAUUCGCUGAAUUCCCAGCCGGUAAAGCCCCAGCUGCUGCUGCUGCUGAAGAAGAAGAUGAUGAAGAUGUUGACUUGUUUGGUUCUGAUGAUGAAGUUGAUGAAGAAGCUGAAAAGUUAAAGGCUCAAAGAUUGGCUGAAUAUAACAAGAAAAAAGCCGCCAAACCACCAAAGCCAGCUGCUAAAUCUAUUGUUACUUUGGAUGUUAAACCAUGGGAUGAUGAAACCGAUAUGGACGAAUUGUUGGCCAACGUUAAGAAUGUUACCAUGGAUGGUUUAACUUGGGGUGCUCAUCAAUUAAUCCCAAUUGGUUUUGGUAUUAAAAAAUUGCAAAUCAACUGUGUUGUUGAAGAUUCCAAGGUUUCUGUCGAUGCCUUACAAGAAGAAAUUGAAUCUGAUGAAGAUCAUGUUCAAUCCACUGAUGUUGCUGCCAUGCAAAAAUUAUAG